GCCGUCACGCGCCUUCUCAACAUCGCGCACCAGCUGGCCCCGAGAUCCCUCAUGGACGGCCUCACCACCCAGUGGAUCGGCCAGGUUGGCGACGGCGGCGCCAGCAUGUUGCGAAGGGCGGUCCGCGAGCUCACGGAGCAGAUGCGGCCGCUGGGCAUGCAGAUCAACAAGUUGGCCAAGUCAGGUUGGCUCGCCACAUCGCAGGACGCCAAGAUGGAGUUUCGGCCCGCUGCCAGAGCCCCGGCGCUGCCCGAGAGGCAGGGCCCCCGCAGCUUCGGCCACGACACGCACGGCACGGCGGCGCGGAGGCACCGCGCUAUGCUGCUGUGCUGCUGUGCGGCCUCGAUCACGGCGUACCUGGCCACCCAGCGCGGCCCUUUCCUCGACCCGGUGCACGAGGCCACGGCGGCGCCGCUGGUGGCCCACGCUGCGCAGAUUCGGGACGGCCACCCCCCGCUGGCCAAGCCGCAGCAGGCCCGGGGCGCCCUCGAGCAGCGGCGGAGCGAGACGGCGCCCUUCUGGCAGACGGGACGCCCGAUCGAGCUCCUCAGGCAGCACCCGCAGGAGAUGCGCAAGCUCGCGCGGGAGGGCGUGGCGUGGUGGCAUGGACGCCAGAUCCCCAGUCACCACCAGUCGAAUACAUCGCUCAUGGGCGCCAGGCUCUGGCGCAGGGCAGCCAGGCACGUGCCGGCGCCGCCGCGCGCCAAGAUCCGAGGAGCGAGGGCAGGCCACCCGCGGAAGCUCUGGGCAGGAGGUGCAUGGGAUGCUGUGCGGCGGCACGCAGCGCGCUACAUCAGCAGCCCCGACUGCCC